CUCUUCACAGCAGGUUUUUAGUGUGUUGAGCGCGACCGCCCAUCCGAAGCCGAGGAGCAGGCUUUCAGCGCUUUGAAUGGGAACUUCUGCGCCUGCUGGGCAGGAGCCAGAGGCCUGCUGUGUCCUGGGCAUUUGCAGAGUCAGACCUCGUGCACUACAUUUGUCAUCAUUAGCCACUGAUGCCUGCACUUGCCUCCCCUCUCUCUGUCUCUCCUCUCUCUCUCUCUUUCUCUCUUCCUCCCUCCCACUGUUCUCUUCUCCCUCGAGCUUUUCUAGCUUUUUCCCAGCUCUCUCCCUCCCUCACUCUCCCUGCUCUUAUAUUUUUUUUGUCUUGUUCCUCCUCUCUCUGUCUCUCUCCCCCUUCCUCCAUUCUUGCUCUCUCUUUUUAUAGUCUUUUCCCCUGCAUCUUAACUCUCUCUCUUCAUUCCUUCCAACUUCCACUUCUUUCCUUCUCUCCCUUCCCUCCUCCCUCCCUCUCUUUUCCUCUCCUGCAUGUGACAGCACCCAUCACCCCUCCCUCUGCCUCUCGUUUCCAUGGCCACAGGUAAACUCUACAUUAGGACACACACACACAUACACAGUGCAUUGGGAGAUAAUGGAAAAGACUUAAGAGACAAAACCUUCAGGGAAUGCACAAGGACACAGUGGAUUUAUUCUGUCUGCUCCAGGACAACUAAUGGUUGUACAGAAACAUGCCACAUGCUCCAAAGACUUCCAUAAACAGUGCCAAACUGCAGACCAAGAGGAGCGCCUGGACCCCCCUGAACCACGCACCUUCCAACAGCCAGCUUUUUGAAGAGAGACGUGUCCUUUUGGCAAAAUGGUUUUCCAUGUGGACAGAGAGUCAGAAGAAGACAAUCCUCCAGGACCUGAUUCAGAGCUGUUCUUUAGACCAGCUGAUGCUCCUCAGUUUCACUGUGAGCAGACGGCUCCCCCUACAGGCCGCAGAUUUCACCUGCAUGCUGCCCCGCGCCCUCAGCCUCUACAUCUUCUCUUUCCUGGAUCCCCGCAGUCUCUGUCGCUGCGCACAGGUGAGCUGGCAGUGGAAGAACAUCGUGGACCUGGACCAGCUGUGGAUGGUGAAGUGUUUGAGGAGAGGCUGGUUUCUGGACUACAGCCCAAUUCAGUUUGAAGUGAGUGUGUGGAAGAGACACUACAUCUCCACUGUACAGAGGCUCCGGAGCGCAGCCGUGCAGCAGCAGCAGCAGCAGCAGCAGCAGCAGAGCACAGACCUGCCCACAGCCGACAGUCCUCAUCAAGAACUGUGUUUAGAAGAUGCUCUUCUCAGUGAACCUCGUCCAGAGUCCAACAACAGCUCCACAAAAAAACAAAAACAAACCAAUAGGACGUCUCUGUGUCUGCCACCGUGGAGAGACACAGACCGCAGACCCAGAGACAUUGUACGGUUCAACUACCUGGACAACUCGCACUCUGUGGAUGAAGCUUGGACAGUGAAAACUCAAAGACCAGCUUCAAAGUGCAACAGUUCCACCUCUGCUCCUCUCUCCUCCUCCAAACCAGAGCUCAGAAACAAAACACUGACCGAUGCCCAUUACAAACUGCGCAAAGCCAAAUCUCUGAUGUUCCUGUCAUCCAAUUGCAGACUGCCUCCAUCUCCUCUGAUUCCUCUGGACCAAUCAGAGCCCAGGAUUCACAGCAUAGAGGAAUCAGUGAAGAAGCUGCUGAGGGAGUCCCAGUUUAAUGCAGGGGUCCGUCCAGGUCCCGUCAGGUCCUCUGUACCUCGAAUGAGCGUGCAGGGACUACGGACGGCCCAGAGAUCACACCGCAGCAUCCCCAGUACACCAUUAUUGGAUUUCAUUCAGCCUUGGACUGUGAGUUCAUUGAACACAGAGCUGUGACGCCCCUUUUUAAGGAAUUACAGGAACUACAGCCAAGUUGAGAGCAGCUGAGAUCUCACAU